AUGUGUAUAAUCAGUAAAUAUAUUGUGCCUGCACUGCUGCUUCUUUUGGUACCAGUUAACUGUGAAAAUAUUUUAUUUUUACAAACCACGCCAUCCAAAAGUCACCACAUUUGGAACAAGCAAAUAUUCGACAGGCUACAUGAGAGCGGACACAACUUAACCAUUCUGUCAUACGAAGAAGAACAUUCGAUUCAAGGCAAAACAUUUCUCUGUGUGAAAAAUUUUUACGAAAAAAUAAUGGCUCAAUACGAACAAAAUGGGAAUGGUUCUUUUGCCGAAAUGACACCAACGCAGAACAUCAUCAACAUGUAUGAUUUCUACGAAAAAGCUAGUCAAGUAUUGUUUACGGAAGAAGUCAUUACGCAGCUGUUGAAUUAUCCUAAGACAUUCAAAUUCGAUCUCAUCAUCCACGACUUUACCAUGGGGCAAUUUCUGCUGGGUUUCGUAGAAAGAUUUCGUAACCCGCCGCUAAUUUCCAUUUCAGCUUUCAAUGCUCCUUCGUACACAGCAUGGCUAGCAGACCUACCGAUCCGGGUAACUACUAUGCCGAAUUACGCAAGCAGUUUCGGACCACAAAUGACUUUUUCCGAACGUUGUUGGAACUUGGUCUACUGGAGUUUAGAUUACUUCUACCGCCAGUGGGUUUUUAUGCCCAGUGAAGAUCGUAGACUCCGAAAGUUGUUUGGCUCAAAUUCAUCGAGUUCAACUCAAUUGGAAAAACAUUCCGAUCUCGUACUUGUGAACAUGGAUUUUAGUACGGACUAUUGCCAACCACUUCCUCCAAAUGUGAUUCCUGUAGGCGGACUACACAUUAAUCGACAAGAGCAGAUUCCUCCCAAUGUCGCAGAGUUUAUCAAUCAACCUACUAAAGCGGUUAUACUUUUUAGCUUAGGUACCAAUGUGAAGAGUGAAGGACUAGGACUUGACAUUAACAAAUCAAUUCUAAAUGCGUUCGCCAGUAUGCCGGAGUAUAAUUUCAUUUGGAAACAUGGGGAUCCUAUUACGCUGGGAACACUACCAUCAAAUGUAUUAGUACAAAGUUGGAUUCCACAGGUCACCAUUUUGUCGAGUACUAAAGUUAAGCUACUAAUUAGCCACGGCGGGUUGCUAAGCUUGCAAGAAGCAGUAUGGCAUGGAAUUCCGGUGAUUGGGAUACCGUUCUUUGCCGAUCAAUACCAAAAUGUCGAUAAGUUGGUGCGGGCAGGAGUUGCACUAAGCCUUCCAUUACGUAAACUCAACCAGAAUAGUUUGAAGGAGACUAUAUUGACAAUUCUACAGGAUGAUAGAUACCACCGGAAUAUGCUACAGCGUUCAAAAUGGUUCGAAAACCAGCCAGAAAAGCCGCUGGAGCGCGCAAUCUAUUGGAUUGAAAAAGUAAUACAAAGUAAGGGAUUGUUACAUCUGCAGUCACCUGCACACAAUAUGACGGCAUUUCAAGUCUAUGGUAUAGACCUAGUUAUAGGUGCUUUCAUUACCUUGGCACUUAUUCAUAAUCUUGCAAGAUCUCGCAUUACGUCACUAAUUUGA